UCGAUGUAAAAAAAAAAUGUCAGGCUGCAACGCAGCUGAUGGUCUAAGUGCCGAAAAUACCCAGCGUCUGUUAGACGCUGUAUCGUUAGCAUACUACGUCUAAUUUAUUAGACUAGGAGGAUUGUAGCGCCAUUAAAUGUAACCUUGUUUUGCAUUCCCUUAGCGUGCGAAUCAGGAUCAUGGGGAGACAACUGCUCCCAGCAAUGUAACCAAGGCUGUGGAACACGAUGUAACAUUACCAAUGGGUUAUGUCAGAGAGGAUGCCCUGACGGCUUCGUGGAUGACAGCUGUAAAGUCCCAAUUUCAAACACGAUGGUCGGGAGAAUCGCAGGGGGCGUGACUGGUGUUCUUGUAGCCUGUGCCGUUGUUGUUGCAGUAAUCAUCAUUUACAGGAGGCAUCAUCCGUCAACAAAUAAGGCACAGGCCCACGAUUCGCUGUCAGUGAGGACAAUGGGUGAGAUUCAACUAGAAGUUGAGGACCAACAGAGCAACAGAGAAUAUGAAGCAGAGGACCCGGAAGUUCAAGUAGCCCCAGAGGAUCCCGAGGCAACAACGUACGAGAAUCACUUGAGCACGUCAGUUCCUGUGGAGGAAUUCUGGGACUACAUCCAAGAGAAAAUGGCAGCCGAUGGUUUCAAAGCCGAGUUCGCAAAAUUUCCAGCCGGACUCCAUGCCAAAGCUGAAGUGGCAAACCUUCCAUACAACAAGGCUAAAAGUCGCUACAAGAAUCUUGUCGCAUAUGACCACUCUCGUGUCGUCUUGAGACUCCAUGGACCCAAUGACAAAUCAGAUUACAUAAACGCCUGUUACAUUGACGGUUACAACCAGCCUAAGAAAUUCAUCGCCUCUCAAGGGCCUACCGAUCUCAUCAUAAACGACUUCAUGCGCAUGCUCUGGGAACAGAACGUGGGUAAAAUUGUCAUGGUGACAAAUCUGACCGAAGCAACUAAGAUAAAGUGCAAACAGUACUGGCCGAGCGAAGGCUGUACGCGGUUUGGUGUCAUUGAGGUUACCCUGCUUGACGAGGAGGUAUAUGCGCAUUGCGCAAUUAGAACACUGGAGCUAAGUCACACAAAGGUGAAAAACAAGACGAAGAUUCUCAAACAGUUUCACUUCUCGGCUUGGCCAGAUCACGGGGCACCUUCCGAUGCCACAAUUCUGCUUGACUUUCGAGAUAAGGUUCUGGAGUACAACUCGACUUUACCUGGACCAAUUCUCGUCCAUUGCAGUGCUGGGAUUGGACGCACGGGAACGUUCAUAGCUCUGGAUUACCCUGAUCAAUCAGGCUAA